UUCCUUCAGAAUUAUACUCCAUUUGACUCUUCUGGUGAUGAAAACUCCUCAAAGCAGACCACUUGUAAAAGUGGCCCCCAUAUGGAUCGCCCAACACUGCCAACAUAUGUUGAUGUAGAUAAGGGCUUUGCCUUUGCUUUCUUGGCCCUCCUUUGCUUUUUUCUCCUUGUAAUGAUUGUACGUUGUGGAAAAAUGGUAAUGGAUCCUUACAGUGCCAUCCCUACCUCUACAUGGCAAGAAGAGCAGAUAAACAGCUGAGAAAGAGACUUUGCACAGGAACUGGGAA